GCCACACCGUAAGGUAUUGCCGUCGGCACGCGGCGGGCUCUCUUUGAGGCAAUUAAUAAGACGCCUUCGAGUCAACUGCAAGGAAAGAAAGGAAGAGAGAGAAGCGAAGCGAAGAGAGCGAGAUCGAUUCUGACGAUGGUGAAGGUGGCGACGUAUUUCGCGAUGGCGUUCGGGGCCUUCGUCUUCUGGCAGUCCAUGGACAAGCUUCAUGUCUGGAUCGCCCUCCACCAGGACGAGAAGAAAGAGAGGCUGGAGAGAGAAAUGGAGAUCAAGCGGAUCAGAGAUGAACUACUGGCUCAAGCAAAAGAGAAGGAUUCAUAUGCAUAAUCUUUUCAUAACGUGAACUCGAGUCUACAAAUAUUUUUGUUUUCACUCUUUUCUGUUGUAAUGCUUGAUGCCGAGCUGGUUGCUGUCAAAUGCUUCAAGCUCAGGGAUAUGAUUUUUCUGCAUUCUGAUGAUCAAUUCUCUGAGAAUAUUUUAUGAAAUAACAAUUUGAUACUGCUGAUGACUCCUGCUUUGUU